CGUGACGCCGUUAAACUGAUCCGGAAGAAAAUUUUAUAUAAACUUAACAACUGACGCUAUGUAUAAAGGCUUGGUUAUUUCGUAACUUUUGUAAGGAGUAGAAAAUGACCUUGUUCAUGCAAGCCCUACGCUUCUCUUCUCCACGGCUGCCGUUUAUUUGCGGGAGGUGCAGGACAUAUUCUGCUCAAGCUGGAGUCGUCGAGCGGGUCAUUUCAGCGUUUCGCUCUGUUAGCGGAGAUGAAGGGGUGUCUGUGGGCUCAGCUGUCCGAGAACAGCACGGCAGGGAUGAGUCUGUGCACAGAUGCCAACCACCAGAUGUGGUGGUGUUUCCUCGGUCUGUAGAGGAGGUCAGUGCUCUUGCCAAAAUUUGUCACCACCACCAACUACCCAUGAUCCCGUUUGGCACAGGGACAGGCCUUGAGGGAGGUGUUGGUGCUCUGAAGGUUUGUCCAGUUGAGAAGAAUAGACACAAGAAUUUGACAGUGCCAGUGUCAGAUUUCAGUAAACACCCUUAUCCAGGUGCUGACGCAUCGCUCUGUGGCAUGGCUGCAACUAGUGCAUCAGGCACCAACGCAGUCCGCUAUGGCACGAUGCGCGAGAACGUCCUGAACCUGGAGGUGGUUCUAGCAGAUGGAACGGUCCUCCACACAGCAGGGAAGGGCCGUCGUCCAAGAAAGACAUCUGCUGGUUACAACCUAACAAACCUUUUUGUGGGUUCGGAGGGAACUUUGGGUAUUAUUACCAAAGCCACGCUUCGGUUGUUUGGUAUUCCUGAAAGUAUGGUGUCGGCUGUCUGCUCCUUUCCAUCCGUCCAAUCAGCAGUGGACAGCACCGUUCAGAUCCUGCAAGCUGGAGUGCCCAUUGCCCGUAUCGAGUUCUUGGACGACGUGAUGAUAAACGCAUGCAAUCGCUUCAACAACCUGUCCUAUGCGGUCACUCCCACCCUCUUUCUGGAGUUCCACGGGAGCUCCAAAAGCAUGGAGGAGCAAGUGUCCAUCACUGAGGAGAUCACGCGGGAUAACGGAGGCUCAGACUUCGCCUGGGCAGAAGAUGAGGAGACUCGUGGCCGGUUAUGGAAAGCCCGUCAUGAUGCGUGGUACGCAGCCCUGGCCUUGAGGCCUGGAUGUAAGGCAUAUUCUACAGAUGUCUGUGUGCCAAUCUCACGACUGCCUCAGAUUAUAGUGGAGACAAAGGAAGAUCUAAUCAGAAACAAUAUUACCGGUCCUAUUGCAGGUCAUGUGGGCGAUGGAAACUUCCAUUGUUUAAUAGUACUGGAUCCCAAUGACCCAGACGAGGUGCAAAGGGUUAACUCCUUCACUGAGAGACUAGCCAGGAGGGCACUGGCGAUGGAUGGAACUUGUACUGGUGAACACGGGAUCGGUCUAGGAAAGCGGGCCCUGCUCAGAGAAGAGGUCGGUCCAUUGGCCAUAGAGGUCAUGCAGGGCCUCAAGGCCACCCUGGACCCCAAAAACCUCAUGAAUCCUGGAAAGGUGUUAUAAUUAAUGCAAACCAACACAGAACACUAUAGAAGAUACUCUGCACUAGGCUUUCUGACCACUAGAUGUCAGGAGAAUGAGGUUUGUUUUAGAUUUUAAGAAUGAUAAUAGUUUAGACUAGAGUGUUUAUAAAAUCUGCACAUGCAAAACAUAAUUUUUGUGAAAGGUGCAUAUGAUUUAAGCUCCUUGCGUGAAUAUUAAAGGGUAAUUUAUUUGUUAUGUAGUAUUAUUGUGAAUGCACAGUAUUAAUGUACAGGGCUGAAUUUUCUCAGAGCCUUGAAAAAGAAUUAUUCUGUCCUUUUAUUUUGCUUUUUUUCAUGGCAAUCUCACACCACUUUGAAUUAUGAAUGAAUGUGAAAUCAUUGUGGCUUAACAAAUUUGUGUUUAGUUGGGCCAUUUGCCCUUCUACAUUUCUGUGAAUAUAUUUAUUUCUAUGGAUAUAUUUGCUUCUAAAAACAGAAGCUGUGAAGCUGAACUCAAAACAAGCUAAAUGUGAUGCAGAAAAUACAUUUUAAUAAACUGAAAAUAAUGUCUCUUGUUCUUUCUUGAGUGAUUGUUUUUUAAUUUAUUUGACCCUUUUUGUGUAUUUGCAGUGGACUUAAUAAAAGCAAGCAACAUCUGAUCUUAUUUCAUCUUGUUUUAAUUAUAUGUAUGAUCAUCAUCAUUAUUACUCGUCCCACAGAUUGCACAUCAAAAUCAUCAGACACUUAGUUUGUACCUCCUAAAAACAGGCAUCCGUUCAUGUCCCUGGAAAAAAA